UCCAGACUACAAAUAUAGAUCCCUUUUUUUAUAUAUAAAUCAAUCACAAACAAGCAUCGACACACAACAAACUUCCAUGAGCCACAAUACACGAACAAUUCAAACAACGCGUUUCAUAAGAAUUGCGGUAUUCUGGUCUUAUUAAAAAAAAAAAUCGUUAUUUCUUUGUUGCGUGUCUCGCUACCGUUCCCUUUGCACAUUUCCUUUGCUUUUCCCUUCAAUGCAUGGCUUUUUAGGGCUUAUAGUCUGUGGUUGUGAUUCCCUUCCGCAUCCUUACACUUGUACAAUAGAACAAAUACCAAUGUUUGAUGUAACGCUAAUCAACUAAUCCUUCUUGUAAAUGUAUAUAUAUAUUGAAAAAAAAAAUUAUACAUGUGUGCUGAUGAUGAAUGACUAUAUUUGUUGAAUAUGCUGUGCUGGUUCUAAUAAUGUGUGAAUUCUAUUUUUUUAAAUAUUUUUUUUUCCUCUACGAGAAACAUGGUGCUAAAUCUCUUUAAUGGUUCCAGGGUCCAGCCACCGACUCUCAUGUUUAGCGACCCUUCUGUGCCUCCGCCUGUGUCGCCAUCGCUGCCCCACCACCAAGUUCUGCGCCCCGCACCGCACCUCAAAACAGCGCGAACUCGAGAUGCAGAUGGCCAUCGUUCUUCUUGUGAUCACCAUCGUCUUCGUGCUUUCUUGGUCGCCCUUGGAUCUCCGUCUAUUUAUGAACCAAAUUUGGCCUCAUCGGACACGUGAGGAUCAUCUACAGGACCUCAUUUCUGUUCGUUUGACCUCCAUCAACCAAAUCAUCGACCCCUGGGCCUACAUCAUCUGCCGGAAGCUCUUCUCCUCCCGCGUGUGGCGCUGGGUGCGACUGCCUCUGCUCGGGAGGUCGUGGCUGCUGCGGAGAGAGAGCUCGAGCGUCUUGCAAGGCGGGGGGGGGUCGCGCAAGAAGGUGUCAGGACCUGACGGUGAGAAGAAGUGCUGCCGAAGACGUGGUGGUGGUGGUGGAGGAGGACCCCAGCGGGAGGGGGAUGCAUCUCCCCUCCCCCGGCCCCCCCGCCUUCCAAGACGAGCCAGGGAGACGAUCUCACGUCCAAGGAUGUGGUCGAGAUCUUCAAGGACUCGGGAACAGGAUCCAACAACACGCCGUCGACUCUUUGUAGUGACUCAGGAACGGGCAACUGUAACUUGA